CACCCACGCCUUGGCGUUAACCAGGAAUGCAAGUACGUGUUCCAGAGGCUUGGUUGUCCUUUGGUUACUUCGAAAACCUUCAUGUUCGACGAAGAAGGCGUUGUGAGACGCACGUCACGUUUUGUAAUGCGGGUUCUUUGUGCUUUGACUGCUUUGGGAAUCAGCACACGCGACAUAGUACUACCUGUGAGGCGCAGGUCCCGUGGUGUAGUGGUUAGCACUCAGGACUUUGAAUCCUGCGACGGGAGUUCAAAUCUCCAUGGGGACCUUCACUGCAGAUACAAAAAACUUACGGAAUUGCAAACUGUGCCUGAGACAGAAGAUCCCACCUUAAAAUAUGCCGCUUGCAAAGAAUCAGAACUUCCUGCAUCAAGGUGA